AUGGCUGCUUCAUUCGAGUUACGAGCUCGCAAAUCAAUAUCUGCUUUCGAGAAAGCCAGCCUGGCGAAGCUAGCGUGGCUAAGAAAGAACCAUAACGGGGUGAUACAACAGGAUACCCAGCCUCUAAACAGAGGCAAGCCGUUUUCGUGCUGGGAUGAACUACCAGUUGAAUUGGUUGUCAACAUAUUCGGUCUCUGCCGGCUCCAGGAUCUAGGCAGCCUGCUCCUUGUUUGCCGGAAAUUCUGGUAUCUUUUGCAGGUUCACGAAGAGGCUAUCACCAGAGAGUACUUGCGUAUCCGGCGGCAUGGGACCCUGCCGUCUCGAGAUCACAAGCCGAACCAUUACACAAGGGCGCCUGAGGACGAUGUGAUAUUACUGUCCGAUCUAUUCCCGCCUUUUACUGAAGCUACCAAUCGCCGAGAGCAUUAUUCUUUUAGGUAUCUCGCAGACUUACGUCGGAGACAGGAAGUCUGCUCGAAAUUAUCAUACUACCUUGCAGAUCAUGUUCUAGACCGGUUCAUGGAGGAGAACCCUGCCUGGGUGAAGUCCUUAUCACAUCUCUCGAAACCAACACAGCAGAAGGUUUUGGAACGUGGAAGUGCCCUUCUUCAGUCGAAGCUGACUCCUCUUAUGCAAGUCAACCUGCUGUUUCACGACUUCUCCAAGCUUAAUUCUAAUAUAUAUAUUUAUAUCAUUAGGUUUUAUACCAUGUUUUUCCUGAAGAAGUAUGAUGAAGCACGGUCAGAAUUACAGGAUUCCCUUUACGAAGCAUUCGAAGCAGGAAAGCUCCCGGUACCAGUCCAGCCUCGUGAUCGGUCAAUAAUGUACCGCGCACUUCAAACAAGGAUUCUCCAAGCCUACCCUUUCAUCGACUCACGGGCGUUAAUAUCAGCUCACCACUGUAUACGGCUACUGAUAUUUUCCCUCCAUCGAGUUCUCGUUGCGGAGACACCUGUUACGACAUCAUGCGAGAAAUUUAUCAUUAUGCUACUUACUACCUCCGGCCUGGAACGAGUCACGGAAUUCUUUGCUGCCGAAAAGGGCGGAAGCAAUCAGCGUGCUAUGAGAAAAGAAUUUAUGCGCAAGACACAGGUGGACUGGGACAUGUACAGAAACGACUCCAAGGCCUUGAAGGUGUUUGACGCAUUGAGUGGUGACUGUCACUACCCCCCAUUAAUGACUGAGAUAUGGAUUGGACCGGCAAUCGAGGAAAUCUCUAGACGGCAAUUACUUAUACAGCAUCCCAAUGAGGAUUUUGUGACGCUGUGGAAUGAUGCACAUAUCAGCCUCGGCUGUAGUUAUUGUGCUAGAACGAAUGCGAAGAUUAAAUGGCAGGCAUGA